GCUCCCACACAUUCGCUUACUUUCUGCUGGAGCUCAUAUUUCCUGCUUUCUCUUCCAUUCCUUGCACUAUGCCCUUUUGCGAACAAUGUGGUCAUUUCUAGGAGACCGCCAGGCUAGAGUCACCUGCUGGUGUUGUAAUGAAACGACGCGAUUACCCCGGUCCGAGGCUGACAGCGACACGGUACACGACUGGCAUUGUGACAACUGCGACACACAAAACACGGUAAACAAGGAGGGCGAAAUUGUCGACAGCCGUGAUGAAAUGUACAGGGAGGUCCCUGGAAGCAGCCAGCGGAAGCUGCGUAUUCUCAGCGGUAUUGAGAGUCCGUCUAGCAGUUUCCCUGUGGUUGUAUUUUGCAAGACAUGCCAAAGCAACCAAAACCGGGUGUACCAGCUCCUUUCCGAGUACUUGCCUGAAGAGACCGACUCUCACUAUGCGCAAAGACUUGCUGAAGCUGACGCCUACAGUCGGACAUUGCGCAGACGGUAUCCAGUCGCAUGUAAGCAGUGUCAGGAGAAAGUGGACGAUCUACUGCAGUCACAGGCAUCAUGGCUACGGAAGAAGGAGCUGGCCAGUUCAUUGAGGCAGUCGGAGAGGGUUCGCAAGUAUGAGCCAAAUAUCCGGCCAAAACCGACGUUGCGACGAAAGGGUGUCACGAUGGCCUGGCUCGUGUUUGCCCUGCUCGGAUUCAUUGCGUGUCCCUUAGCAGCACUGGGGCUCUACAUCGACACCCAGCAUGGCUACUUGGAUCCACCAUGGCAGGUGUUGGUAGCUGGUGCUGCGAUAUCCAUGGCUACGUUCCUGUCCGGCCUACUGAACCCACUGUGGCUAAGGGCGGCAUUCAGCACAAGCAUCCGGAUAGCUGGGCUGCCCAGAUACCGGCGGCGCAUACAGUUUCUGUCGGCUGGCCGGCUUGCGGUAGCAGUUGGGUUCUUUUGCAGGCGACCAUCGCGAGACCUUGCCAUUGGGUUAGGUAUAGUCGACACUUGCAUGUUUGUCUACGCGUUCUGGGCGCUUGAGAUUGUCAGUAAGCUCAGGACAAGGUCUCUGAGCAGGCACACAUCCGAUUCUGAUGACACAGGCGAUGAGGCCACUGAUGAGGCCACUGCUAAGACAGCCGACAGCGACACCCCUCUUGAGCGUGCCCGCAAAACCGACGAGGCAACCAGCUCGAUGGGUGAGCUUUCUCUGGGCGAGUCAGUUGUAAAUCGCGACCAGAACGACAGCCUUCGUGGAACUGCCUUUGCCAGUCUGCAUGGAGAUCAUAGGUCUGGCGACCGGGUGUCACAGGGCAGAAGCAUGGCCCACCUGGACAGCUACAGAGAGCAGCGGUGGCAGCGCUGUAGGCGACGAACUCGCCUCCAUGUUUGGCCUGGAGUCGCUGGCUGUGGGGAGUCCGCUCGCGACGUGUACCAGCGACGGUGGUGGCUGCUCAGAGUAUGGAUGUAGACACCUCUGAUGCUGACCUUGGCCGUGGUCCUAGACUACGGCCUGCAGGACCCCUCAAGGCAACCA